AUGGAUAGGAAGCAGAGGAAGGAGUUGGCGGAGGCGCGGAAGAAGCGCCGCCGCCCGCUCUUUGAUCUCGAGAAGGAGUUGACGCUGCUGUGGGAGAAGAGUCGGCAGAGGAACAUCGACAUGGAGAAGAAGCGCAAGCUGGUAACAAUGAUGACUGGGAAGAUGAAGGGGAAGAUGGUGGAGAUGGCACGCUCACACACCGUGUCACGCGUGCUGCAGAUGUGUGUCAAGCACGGCCGCAAGGAGGAGCGGGAGGCCGUCUUCUCGGAACUGCGCCCGCACUGCCGCGAGCUGGCGGUGCAUCCCUACGCCCACCACCUGGUCAACCGCAUGAUGGAUCAUGCGAGCAAGGAGAAGAAGCAUGAUAUCGUUGGCCAGUUGAGGGGCCAUGUGGUGGAGAUGAUGCGCCACCCUGUCGCCAGUGCUGUGAUAGAGCACGCCUACCAGCUCUCCUCACCCCCCCAGCGCUCCGCCCUGGCAUCCGAGUUCUUUGCUCCCGACUUCCGCCUCUUCCCCUCGCUCGCCCUCCCGGGUGCCGGCCGCCUCUCCGACCUGCUAGCCAACCUCCCCUCGGGCACCUCCCGCCAGUCCGUGCUGCAGCAUCUAGAAACAUCCCUGCAGCCGAUCCUGGAGAAGGGCAUAGUGGAUCACUCACUGUUCCACAGGGUGCUAGCAGACUAUCUGGGAGUCAUUUCCAAGAGGGAAGUGGCGGAGGUGAGGCAGCAGCUGAUGGGAGCGCUGCUGCUGCGCAUGGUGCACACCAGGGAUGGGGUCAGGAUCGCCAAUACCAUGGUGGCUCAAGCAACUCCCAAGGAGGUGCGGAAAGUGGUGAAGGCAUUGAAGGGGGUGGUGGCGCGGGUGGCAUGUGACGACCACGGUCACCUGCUGCUGCUGCAGCUGCUCGAAUCCGCGUCCUCAGGCCCUCUCAACCGGUUUGUGAUCAAAGAGCUCUUGAAAGACCUGUUCGAGGUGAUGCAGGAGCGCAUUGGCCGCCGAUUCCUGCUGCAGCUGCUGGCCCCCUCCUCCCACCGCUACCUGCCGCCCGAUGCCGCCCAGGCCGUGGUGCUGGGCGGCAGAGUGGAGGAGGUAAAGGAGGAGAAUGAGGAAGAAGGGGAGGAGGGGGAGGAGGAGGGAGGUGAGGAGGGAGAGGAAGGGGAGGAAGAGGAGAUGAUGGUGGAAGGGGAGGAUGGAGAGGAGGAGGGAGAGGAGGGGGAGGAGGAAGGUGGGGGAGUUGGGAUGGGAGAGGAAGAUGAUGAGGAGGAAGGAGAGGAGGAGGAGGGAGAGGGUGAAGAGGGGGAGGAUGAAGGAUAUGAGGGAGAAGAAGGGGAGGAAGGGGAGGAAGGAGAGGAAGGAGAGGAGGAAGGGGAGGAAGGAGAGGAGGGAGAGGAAGGAGAGAAAACGAUGAAGCCUGGGAAGAAGGGGAGGCUGGAUGGCAAGAAGAGAAAGGCAGCAGCAGCAGCAGCAGCAGCAGCUGCAUUGGAUGAUAGUGAUGAUGACGAGGAAGAGGAGGAAGGGGAGGAGGAGGAGGGGGAGGGAGGGCAGGGGUCCCGGUCCCUUACGAAGAGGAGGAAGCUUCUUGUAGAGUCGGGCUUGCCUGAGGAGGGGAUUCUUCUCUGCUCGCCCUCCACCACCCCUCACUCCUCUCCGCCCUGCACUCAGCCAUCGCUGCUGCUGCCGCUGCUCCCCGUCCCCUUACUAAUACUGCUCCCUCCUUCGUGUUUCUUCCCCACACAUCCCAACCCCUUCCCUUUCCAGCUUGCCCGAGGAGGGGAUUCUUCUCUGCUCGCCCUCCACCACCCCUCACUCCUCUCCGCCCUGCACUCUGCCAUCUCUGCAGCCACCUCUUCUCAUUCCUCCAUUGCCGCUGCUGCCUCUCCUCCCCGCCCUGCUGCUGCUGCGGGCCCUGCCAAGAGUGAGAAAGCUAAGAAGGGGAAAAAGGGGAAGGGGAAGAGCAAGGAGGGACAGGGUGAGGAGAAGGAGAAGGCGGAGGAGGAAGGGGAGGAGGGGGAGAAGGCAGAGGGGGAGGAAGAGGAACAGCAGAGCCAUGUGUUGGAGGACUUUUUCGGGAGUAGAGUGCUCAGGCGGCUGGUGGCUGAGGAGGACAGGCUGGCAGCUGCGGCAGCUGUGGAAGGAGCAGAAGAAACGGCAAAUACAGAAGAAGAUGCAGGAGGGGAAGAGCAGAUGGAGCCGUUUUGCGCUGUGUUGUGGCGAGAGGCACUGCAAGGGCGGUGCAGGGAGUGGGGCACAGGACACAGUGCUAAGGUGGUGGCAGCACUGGCCCAUGCUCCUCACAAGCCAACAAAAGACGCCGCCCUGAAAGAAAUGGCAGCGUUAAUUGAUAAGCCUGAGUUUGCGGCACUGAAACGAUUGGUGGAGAGUCCACCCUCGCACAACCACCACUAG